AUUUUUUUAAACAGGUAGUAAAUGUGACACGGGGUGUUUUCGCCGGUAGUAAAUGUCAAUUUUUCAUAAAAUUUAUGCUAGUCUCUAUUUUCUCCGGUCUUCUCUGUCGUUUUUCUACCACUUCACUCCAAACGAAUUGUGUCAAAUUCGAUAAUCCGAUAAUCCGAUUGCAUAUUUCACUGAUCACAUAUUCACAUGGUAAUAUUUUCCAUUUCCCACCUAUCAACAAAUUUUGGAUCAUCGCUGGUUUUUCCCACAAAAAAUUAUCCUGUUAUGGGCAACGUUUCUGAGCGGAAUCAACCCAGUUCUGCUAAAAGGGUUGCUGUUGUUGGUGCUGGUGUUAGUGGACUUGCUGCGGCGUAUAAACUGAAAUCGAAUGGUUUGAAUGUGACAUUGUAUGAAGCUGAUAGUAGAGCUGGAGGGAAACUCAAAACUGUUGUAAAGGAUGGUUUGAUCUGGGACGAGGGGGCAAAUACUAUGACUGAGAGUGAGGAGGAAGUCACGAGUUUGUUCGAUGAUCUCAAGCUUAGGGAGAAACUACAACUUCCAAUCUCACAAAACAAAAGAUACAUUGUCAGAGAUGGUCUUCCUGUGCUGUUACCUUCAAAUCCAAUUGCACUGCUGCAGAGCAAUAUACUUUCAGCACAAUCUAAGCUACAAAUUAUGCUGGAGCCUUUUCUUUGGAGAAAACACAAUGCUACUCAGGUUUCUGACAACCAUGCUCAUGAAAGUGUGGGCGAAUUUUUUGAGCGACAUUUUGGGAAAGAGUUUGUUGAUUAUGUAAUUGACCCUUUUGUUGCGGGUACAAGUGGUGGAGAUCCUCAAUCACUUUCUAUGCGUCAUGCAUUUCCAGAAUUAUGGAAUAUUGAAAACAGGUUUGGUUCGGUAAUUGCUGGAUUUUUUAAAUCUAAAUUGUCAUCCAAGAAAGAAAAGGGAGGAGGAUCUAACAAGAAGCCACGUGUACGUGGUUCAUUUUCUUUCCAGGGUGGAAUGCAGACACUUGUUGAUACGAUGUGCAAACAGUUUGGUAAAGAUGAACUCAAACUUCAGUGUAAGGUGCUGUCGUUGUCACACAACCCUAAUGAGAGCCCUUCAUCAGAAAAUUGGUCAGUGUCUUCCAUGUCAAACAACAACAUCCAAGAUCAACAAUAUGAUGCUGUCAUUGUUACUGCUCCAAUCAGGAAUGUCAAAGAACUGAAGAUUAUACAAGGUGGAAAUCCAUUUUCUCUCGACUUCAUUCCAGAGGUGAUUUGUCUACCCCUCUCUGUUAUUAUUACUACAUUCAAGAAGGCCAAUGUGAAAAGACCUCUUAAGGGUUUUGGCGUUCUUGUCCCAUCUAAUGAACAACAUAAUGGAUUGAAGACUCUUGGUACUUUGUUUUCCUCUAUGAUGUUUCCUGAUCGUGCUCCCUCUGAUGUGUAUCUAUAUACUACCUUUGUUGGAGGUAGCCGAAAUAGAGAACUUGCAAAAGCUUCAAAGGAUGAACUAAAGCAAAUAGUUUCGUCUGACCUCCAGCAGCUGUUGGGAACUGAUGCUGAACCUAGUUUUGUGAAUCAUUAUUACUGGAGCAAUGCAUUCCCUCUUUAUGGUCGCAAUUACGACUCAGUUCUGAGAGCAAUAGAGAAGAUGGAAAGAGAUCUUCCCGGAGUUUUUUACGCAGGUAACCAUAAAGAUGGACUUUCUGUGGGAAAAUCUAUAGCUUCUGGAUACAAAGCUGCAGAACAUGUUAUAUCUUAUCUUGACUCUAAAUUAGAUGCCAAGAUGAAGACUCUGUAACCGUAAGGAUGGAUAUUCAUUGGCUAAAUCUAUAGCCUCUGGAUACAAAGCUGUGGAACUUGCAAUAUCAUAUCUCAACUACGAAGUGCAAAGUGGGUCCCAUUAACGGUUGAUUGUAGGAUAACGGCAAGGUUUAUUGAUACAUAAUUGUAGUAGAAGGUUAUAGUGUGUAAAUUUCAAAAGGAGAGGACACAACUUGGAAAAAUCAAUACUAGAGGGUUAUAGUGUAGAAUUUCCCAUCAAUUUUUGACGAUUCUUGAGAAUUAAUACCAUGUUAUGCUCGUUUACAUGGUGGACAGGGGCGAAGCCAGGAAUUGAAAUUUGGGGGGGGGGGGGGGCGAUAUUUAUUAAGUAACAAGAUAUUAUAUUUCCCGAUGGUAUUUGCGAUAUUAUAAAUUAGAUUUGACUAUAUUUUCUAAAGCAGCCUAAAGUAUUUCAUCAAAAUAAUCAACAUUACAACCAAUGAAGUCUUGCAUUAUUGGUUCAAGCGAAGGAUUUGUGUACGAUAUAAGAGUAUAGGCUUGAUUUUCUCCUA